AUUAAUUAUGACAAUAGAAGGGAGGGAGAGAGAGAGAGAGAGAGAUAGUUGUCCAUUGAGAUCCCCUGCUCCAAUCGAUUUCUCUCUCGAAAAGAAAAAAAAAAGAAAGAAAAAGAGCGAAGAUCGAAGGCUCUCACUAAGGUUCGGUUGCUUGAGUUGAGUUCGUUCUUUGUCGCCCUAAAACAUGCUUCCCCUUUCUCUUCUUAAGACUGCACAAGGCCAUCCCAUGUUGGUUGAACUUAAAAAUGGAGAGACUUACAAUGGACAUUUGGUCAAUUGUGAUACUUGGAUGAACAUUCAUCUCCGUGAAGUCAUCUGUACCUCUAAGGAUGGAGAUAGAUUUUGGAGAAUGCCUGAAUGCUAUAUACGCGGGAAUACUAUUAAGUAUCUCCGAGUACCUGAUGAGGUGAUCGAUAAAGUUCAGGAAGAAACCAAGAGCCGUUCAGACCGGAAGCCACCUGGCGUAGGCCGGGGAAGAGGAAGAGGCCGAGAAGAUGGUGGAAGGCCAGUGAAAGGAAUUGGGCGUGGUCUGGAUGAUGGAAGUGCUAAGGCCGCAGGUGGACGGGGCAGAGGUGGUUCAGGUGGAAAGCCAGGUGGAAACAGAGGCGCAGGGAGAGGCAGGGGCUGAUGCAAGAGAUGGGUACCCAAUCAUUUUGGGCCUGUCUGCUACUUUUAGAUGCAUUUUGUGCCCAACUUUUAUGUGAAAUGUUAUUUGCUGAGAUUUGAAUGGCUGUGGUUUAGUUUUGUUGUUCAAGUGGAGGUGAUCUUAGUAAAAUUACUGAACUGAAGAUGUAUUUGUUUGUAUUGGGAUUUUUUGAUUUUGAACUUCUGUAAUAUAUACUAGUAUCUCUCUGGUUGACCUCUUUCAA